AUGCCCGAGUCCCUCCCGAGAAAGAGUCCGGCCCGGUCGCGUAAAGGGUGUCCGGAAUGCCGAGAACGCAAAAUCAAAUGUGACGAAACUCGGCCCGAGUGCAAGCAAUGCCUCAAAAGUGGGCGUGUCUGUCGCAUCAUCGAUGGGCUCUUCCGGCCGCAUUCCCUUUCGAUUCCAACCAAAACCAAGUCGCGAUCCCGUUCACAAAAGUCUCCAAGGCCGACGCAGGAAGACAAUUCGUCUCCGAUCAAUGAAUCUCGACGGGCAGAAGUCAAUCGAAGCAAGGACGGUCCAACAACGCCAGUAUCGACCCACGAUCGCGUAUCGAUAGCCUCGCCAGAGAAGGAGAGGGGAUUGGUUCCCAUUGGAGGCUUACUGGCGCAAUGCUCACCGCCAGGGACAUCCCAUGCGAUCGUUGAUACGCCUCCAAUUUCAUCAUUGCACUCUCCAAAUUUGCCCGUCAUUGCCAGUCCAGCGGUUACACAGGAUUAUCCAACGGUCGCCGGAAAUACCUCUGAACCGAAUUCCACCAUCCUCGGUCCAAUAAUAGAUCAAAGCAAAACUGAUCGCAAUGAGGUCGCAUUUUUCCUUCGUUACUUUGCGGGCCUAGGCGGACAAUGGAUUGACAUUUGUACUGGGCAACGGUCCUAUUUCAGUCAAUAUAUCAUCCAGCUGUCAAGGCAUAGCCCUCUUAUCCGCUACUCUGCCUGCGCUAUGGCUGCCAAACAGCUCGGCCAGAUAAAAGAUUCGAGUCAGACGACAGAGGCAAGCCGUCGAUUCAGCAUCUUGGUAUCUAGUACGGUUCACCCGAGCAUCGAUUUUGAGUGGUAUGGAGCAAAGUAUUACGAGAAGGCAAUUCUACUAAUGGCCCGUCAAAUCUCACAUGGGACUUCCAUGAUCGAAAAUCAUUUGUCGCCAGGUGAGAUCUACCGCUCCCCUGGGAGCGAUAACAAUCACCUUGACGAUAAUGAAACAACCUCAUCGGCAUUCCGAAUCCUCGCAGCCUGUAUCCUCAGUUCCUACGAAGAACUAAAUUCAACAAUGCGAGCCUGGACAAGCCACUUGGAUGGUAUCAACAAAUUAUUACGUCCGCACUUGGAUCUCCCGAUUUCCCCGAAUAACUUUUACCGAGUACCUCAAUCGCUACGGGCAUUGGAGGCAUCGUUCUGGUACUUUGCUUUAAAUGAUAUGCUGAAUAGCUUGACCGUCCGCCGAGAAUGUCGCAUUGAUGUCGACAAUGUCUCUCUUUGGCAAAGAAUGGGCGUGCCUCUCGGACACUUUGGAGAGCUUGCACUUGAUCGGAUUGAUGAGUCAACUCAAGAAAUGAUCUUUUUUCACACUCUCAUCUAUAUCUUAUGCAAGAUAGUCAAUAAGGUCAGCACUAACAACCCGCUUUGGGACAGCGUUGAUACGGAUCUAAACACGUGGUAUAACGCCCUACCACCGGAAUUUAUCUUCUCGAUCACAGAAAGCUCUUCCGCAACUGUGAAAUACUCCUGCAGGAUACCGGAGACGUGGUUCGGCUCCGAGACCUGUGCCAUCGCCAUGGCGUUCUACAAUAUGGCACGAAUCCUCCAACUGGUCAAUGGACCACAAGAAGCAAAUCCGGUGUCAUCUCAUAAGCCGCGUGAUCUACUCAGCAAAUACAAUGCACUUCAACGCGACUUGAUUCAUCAUUCAGGUGAGAUUCUCUGCAUAGCUAAUGGGAUGACUGGGAUUGCGGUACAAAAGUAUAUGCUGCAACCACUCUACAUCGCUGGACGAUGUUUGUCUUCGGAAGCGGAAAGACGAAAUCUUGUGGGUCUUUUGCGCCGCAUUGAGACCUCACUUGGCCUGGCUACUGAAUACUGUAUCAGAGAUUUGGCUGAUGAAUGGGGUAUUUCUGACGACUUUCUGUCGCUGCAGGCGGAUGAUGAUGAUGAUAUUAGUGUAAUAUAG